AUGAAGUCUUCACUCUUUUACAACUUUGUUUCUUUCAAUGCUGGUCUAGUUGCUGCUACAAAUGCUCGCAGACAAGAUAAUAGCACUUCUUCAACAGCACUCUUUGAUUUUGAGACUAUCCAGUUGAAAACUUCAGAUCUCGCACAACUCAAUGCUUCCAUGCAAGCGCUUUUCACAUUUGGGAAUGCUUCUUCGGUAGAUGCAUCAAGCAUUGCUUCUUCUAGAUCGGCGUGUAAAGUCUUUCCUGGAGAUGCGGAUUGGCCGGCGGAUGAUGUUUGGGAUAUCUUCAAUGACCUACUUGGUGGUGCCUUGAUUAAAACUAUACCAAUCGCAUCAAGCUGUUAUAAUGAUUGGGACUAUAACGCAGAUAAAUGUGCCUUUGUCACAGACAAUUGGACUAACUCUACCAUGCACGAGGAGAAUCCCACAUCCAUGAUGUCCCCAAUAUAUCAAGGUCUAACCUGCAUGCCUACCAGCGACCCAACAGCAACCUGCACACUUGGCGCUUAUCCCGCUUACGCAGUCAAUGCCACAAAUGUCGCACAAAUACAACUUGCCGUCAAUUUUGCAAGAAAUACUGGCAUCAGAUUCGUGGUUAAGAAUACAGGACAUGAGUUCUCUGGUAAAUCCGGUGGAGCAGGUGCUUUGAGUGUUUGGACUCAUUGGUUACAAGAUAUCAGAUAUGAGGGUGCUGAAUACACCGAUGCGGAUUUCCCUUACACGGGACCCGCUUUCACAUCUGGAAGUGGUGUUGUUGGUGUAGAUAUCAUGAAAGCGGCUAGCGAGCAGGGAAUGGUUGUUGUUGGCGGCGAAGCAAGGGAUGUCGGGGUUCUAGGAGGUUACAUUCAAGGUGGAGGACACGGCCCUAUGACUUCAGUAUAUGGUCUUGCUGCAGAUCAGGUCAUCUCUGCUCGUAUUAUCACAGCCGAUGGACGAUUUGUUACUGCAUCCUCGACUGAAAACACCGAUCGUUUCUGGGCUUUACGUGGAGGUGGUCCCGCAUCUUGGGGUGUGGCGACAUCUCUCACAAUCAAAGCUUACCCAACGACUCCCGUCACAGUUGUAACUUUCACAUUCGCCUCUGGUGGCAAUGUCACCGAUGAUGCUUUCUGGCUUGGUGUCCGUGCUUAUUGGGAGAGUUUUAUCACCUUUAAUAAUGCAGGAAUCUACAGCUACUUCUUCGUUUUUCCUCCUGCAGCUUUUGGGGUGGAUUAUUUCAUUAUGUCUCCAUUCUGGGCUCCAAAUUACACCCAAGCCGAAACUGAAGCCUUGUUGGCACCUUGGUUCGAAAAACUCACUGCACUCGGCAUAGACUUUACACCAGUAUACAACACCUAUGAUACACUAUACGAAGGAUGGGAUGCAUCUUUCGCUCAAGAAACGGUUGGUUCCGAUGACGCUAUUGUUGGUUCCCGGCUCUUUCUACAAGAAUAUCUUGAGGAUGAAGCAACAUUCAACGCAACAUUCGAUGCUUGGUCAGGCUCAUCGAGAAACAAUGCUUCAUUACUCGUAGGUUUCAAUAUCAAUGCACCAAAUUUCGCAGGGGUUGAUAAUGCCGUUUUGCCCGCUUGGAGAAAGACUACUCUUCACACUAUGCAAGGUACUUCAUGGACAGAUCCUACCAAUUUCACCACUAUGGCUUCCGCUCGGGCCAAGCUUAGCGAACUCCAACUUGCGUGGAAAGCUGUUACCCCGGGCACGGGAGCAUAUCUUGGGGAGUGCGAUAUUGAGGAGGUAGACUGGCAACAUAAUUUCUAUGGUGUGAAUUACGAUAGAUUGUUGAGCAUUAAGGAUGCGACUGAUCCAUGGUCAUUAUUCUGGACAAAGACCGGAGUUGGAAGUGAAGUUGCUAGUGUGGUUAGCAACGAUGCUAUUCCAGAUGAAAAUGGAAGGUUGUGUUGGAAUUAA